UCAAAAUAACAAUUUCGAGUGCACCGAAACAGAACAAUAAUUUUGCCUUAUCAGGAUGAUGUGCAAAAGUGCCCAUAAACCUGACACUGACUCUUAUCUACCUAGUAUCCCCACCAAUUUGUAGUCCCAUUUUUAUAUACAUACAGAUAAAUAUAUAAAUAUAUAUAUAUAUCUAUAUAUAUAUAUAUACAAGAUCUAUAGGAGACAUGCAGUGAAUGCAAUAUUUCAAAUCCAAAAAUGGCCGACAAAGACGAUAAGCUUCACAUAGCAAUGUUUCCAUGGGUAGCAUUUGGCCAUAUGAUACCCUUCCUAGAGCUAGCCAAGCUCUUUGCCCACAAAGGUCACCGAAUCUCUUUCAUUUCCACUCCACGAAACAUCGACCGCCUUCCCAAACUCCCUCCAAAUUUAAUCUCCACCAUUGAUUUUAUCAAACUUCCAUUGACACUCCUCGAAGACAUCCCCGAAAAUGCCGAGGCCACCAUUGAUAUACCAGAAAGCAAGGUCCCUUUCCUCAAGAAAGCUUAUGAUUCUCUGCAACACCCAGUCACUCAAUUCCUCCAAGUUUCCAAACCCGAUUGGGUUUUCUACGAUUUCGCUCCUUACUGGGUGGGUCCCAUCGCAACCGAGCUAGGGAUCAAAGCCGCUUUCUUUAGCAUUAUGACAGCGGCGCUCUUGGCUUUCCUAGGUCCCAGUUCGGUUCUGAUGAACGACGGUGAUGAACCAAGGAAGCUCGAGGACUUACUGGUCCCACCUAAGUGGGUUCCAUUUCCUACCACGGUGUCGUUUAAGUACCACGAGGUGAUGAAGAUGGUAGCUAAUCUUCAAGGUGAUGAUUCUGGCGUCUCGGAUCUGUACCGUUUCGGUGCAGGUUUGAGAAACAGCGACAUAGUGACGAUGAGAAGCUGCUUGGAAUUUGAACCGGAAUGGCUUCGAGUGCUCGAAAACAUCCAUAACAAACCGGUUUUUCCGGUGGGACAGCUUCCUCCGUUACCGUCCGACGCGAACAGUGAAGAGGAAGACAAUUCAUGGAGGUCCAUCAAAGAGUGGCUUGAGAAGCAAGGCAAAGGAUCGGUGAUUUACGUAGCAUUCGGCAGCGAAGCGAAGCCGAGUCAAGACGAACUAACCGAGAUAGCUCUAGGACUAGAGCGGUCUGAGUUACCGUUUUUCUGGGUGCUGAGGACCCGUCGUGGUUCGGCGGAUACAGAAGAGGUUGAAUUACCACAAGGGUUCGAGAAACGAACCAGAGGACGUGGCGUGGUGUAUACUAGUUGGGCGCCUCAGAUGAAGAUACUGAGUCAUGACUCGGUUGGAGGAGUUUUGAGUCAUUCAGGUUGGAGCACAGUGGUUGAGGCGCUCAUGUUUGGGAGACCUUUGGUUUUGCUUACUUUCUUUGCAGACCAGGGAAUAAAUGCUAGAGUUUUGGAGGAGAAGAAGAUUGGGUAUUCCAUAACAAGGGAUGAGAACGACGGGUCGUUUAGUGGGGGCUGCGUGGCUGAGUCAUUGAAGAUGGUGUUGGUGAAACAAGAAGGGAAGAUAUACAGAGACAAAGCUGUGGAAAUGAAAGGAUUGUUUGGAGACAGGGAUAGACAGAGCCGGUAUGUGGACAAUCUUCUAGAUUACCUCAAAGCCAAUGGACCCGCCAUGAGAGCGAAACAUUGAGCUUGACAAGUUUGCAAAUUUGAAUUAUUGCUUAUGGUUUGGCGUUACUUGAUUGAGUCUUUUUUUUCUUUUUAUUAUUAUUAUUAUUAUUUUAAAGCUUUUCCCUAAAGAAGAAAGGGACGUUAGAUUGGGCCAUCACUUUCCAUAUAUAAUAUUAAGUACACCAUAUUGAUAUGCAUGUUAAGGAGUACACCAUUAAGAUAAUGCAAUAUUUAUUUGUGAA